AUGAUGCAAGAUAUGGAAAUGGGCGACGUGAAAGCCUCAGAUGAGGAUGUGACCAUUGCUACUGAUUUUACCUGUUCAUCAGACAGAGGAAAGAUAGACACGCCCGAGGCGCGCAACUCGCUUUCCCAAAAAGAACCCGUUGUGAGCAUGAUUCCCAAAGACUCUACUCCAGCCGCGACUGAACAACCAGUCAGCGUAAGUAGCGAGCCGCAGUAUCCCGAGGGUCUGAAACUCGUCUCUAUUAUACUGGCGCUGUGUUUGGCUGUAUUCUUGGUGGCGCUCGAUCAGACGAUUAUUUCUACUGCUAUUCCGAAGAUUACGGACCAUUUCAAAAGCACGGGAGAUAUUGGUUGGUAUGGAUCAAGCUACUUACUUACGAAAGCGGCGUUGCAGCCUAGUUUUGGGAGGAUAUACUCUAUCUUCAGCAUCAAAUAUACCUUCUUGACUGCCAUUGCCAUCUUUGAGAUUGGCUCCUUAAUAUGCGCUACGGCAAGGAGCAGCAAUAUGCUGAUCGUUGGCCGAGCUAUUGCUGGAGCGGGAGUAGGAGGUCUGUUUACGGGUUCGAUUAUCAUUGUUGUGUAUAGUUUACCGCUGCGUAAGAGGCCACUGGCAAUGGGUAUAAUUAGUAGUAUGUGGGGAAUAGCAUCAGUCGCCGGACCAUUGCUCGGCGGCGUCUUUACCGAUAAGCUUUCCUGGCGCUGGUGCUUCUACAUCAACCUCCCCAUCGGAGCCUUCUGUGUCGCUGUAAUAUCUCUCAUCCUUCACAUCAACCGCCCUAAUAAUCCCUCCUCUCUUACCCUCAAACAACGCAUCUUAAAGCUCGACCUCCUCGGUGCCUCCCUCCUCAUUCCUGCCAUAAUCUGUCUCCUCCUCCCUCUCCAAUGGGGUGGCUCUACUUACCCUUGGAACAGCGGCCACAUUAUCGGCCUCUUCGUCACCUCAGCUAUUCUCACCCUCCUAUUCAUAUGCACGCAAAUCCGGCUCGGCGAGGCCGGAACCCUCCCUCCAUACCUCUUCCAAAACCGGAAUACUGUAUGCGCAUUCGCAUUCUCCGCAUUUUUCGGUGCUGGUUUCUUCAGUCUCUCCUACUACCUACCCAUAUAUUUCCAAAGCGUCAAAGGCUCCUCGGCCCUGCACGCCGGGAUCCAAAUGCUCCCCUUACUCCUCGCAUGCACGGUCAGUUCCACCGGAACCGGGGCUGCGAUCUCCGCACUCGGGUACUACACCCCAAUCAUGCUCAUCUGCAUGGUGUUAUUUGCCAUUGGCUCUGGGCUACUAACCACGCUGUCGGUCACUACGUCGUAUGCGCGGAACGCAGGGUUUCAGGUUAUUACCGGUCUGGGUGUGGGCGUUGGGUUCGAGAGCGGGAUUAUUGUCGCGCAGACAGUGAUGUCAAACAAGCGGAUUCCGGUGGCUAUAUCCUGUGUCUCGUUGUUUAUGACGCUGGGUGGAGCGGUCUUUGUGCCGGUUUCGCAGACGCUGUUUCAAAAUAAGUUGGUAGAGGGGAUUGAGAAAAGGGUCCCGGGGUUAAAUGCGAGGGCAUUCUUGGAUAGUGGAGUUACGGAGAUUAGGGCGCUAUUAGAAACAUGGGGGCAGGAGGGACAAUUGGAGAAGGUAUUGGAGGCGUAUGCGGAGGGGUUGAGGGCGACAUUUUGGGUUUCGACGGCUUGUGCUAUUGGGGGGUUUCUGGCUGCCUGUGGAUUGGAGUGGAAGAGUGUAAGGAAGGAGAAAGAGGGGCAUUGA